AUGGUUGACUGUGAUCCUACCGAGAUGACGACGGUGCCAAAACCCGGUCGGCUGCUGGGCAUGCGGCACGUGAUGGCGUGCCUCAUGUUCCUCGGGACCACCGUCUCCUACGCCACGCGAGUCUCCAUGAGCGUCGGCAUCGUCGCUAUGACUUCCAACAACAGCUAUGGACAUCCAGUGUUCACCCACUGGACGCGGAGCAUACAGGACACGAUCCUGUCGUCGUUCUUCUGGGGCUACAUCGUGCUGCAGAUCCCGGCGGGGUACAUCGCCGGCCGCUUCGGGGGCAAGUACCUCAUGCUCAUCUCCAUGGCAACCACUGGCGUCGUGAACUUGCUGCUACCCAUUGCCGCUGUCAAGGGUGACUACAUGGCGGUGUGCGCAUGCCGCAUCGUGAUGGGUCUGGUGCAGGGGCUGCUGUACCCCAGCCUGCACGGCGUGCUCGGACACUGGGUGCCCGUCACCGAGCGCAGCCGACUCGGCACCUUCGUAUAUGCUGGUGCACAGCUGGGUACAAUCGUGGAGUUGCUAACAUCAGGCGUGCUGGCCGCCAGUCCGUGGGGCUGGCCGUCCGUGUUCUACGUGGCGGGCAUCUGCUGUAUCGUGUGGUCCGUGCUGUGGGUCAUACUCGGCGACUCCACGCCCGGCUCCAGCCGCUGGAUCUCCAAAGAAGAGAGGAACUAUAUCGAGUACAAUGCAGGCUCCAACGACAUUGGACAUGAGAAAAUUCCAACGCCUUGGAAAGGUAUCCUGACGUGUCUUCCAUUCUGGGCGAUCUUGCUGGCUCACUGUGGUCAGAACUUAGGAUUUUGGACGCUCCUCACCGAAUUACCAUCAUAUAUGAAGAAUGUUCUAAAUGUGGACAUUAAAGAGAACGGACAGUUAUCAGCUCUGCCGUACGUCGCUAUGUAUAUCCUCAGCUUCUUCUUCAGCUGGCUGGCAGACUUCCUGGUGAACAGAAAGAUCAUCAAACUAGUCACCUCUCGCAAAAUAUUCAACACUAUCGCUCAAUGGGGUCCUGCAGUGGCGCUGCUGGGUCUAUCGUACCUGCCGGCCGGGAACCUGUCGCUUGCUGUCAUCAUCCUCACCGUUACCUGUGGUCUCAAUGGCGCCCACUACGUCGGAUUCAUGUUAUCCCACAUUGACUUGUCUCCCAACCACGCGAGUACUAUGAUGGGCUUCACCAACGGUAUCGGAGCGAUCUUCUCUAUCUUGGCUCCUCUCAGCGUCUCCUUCGUUGUUGAAGACGAGACAAGUGCAGCUGACUGGCGGAAAGUGUUCUUCAUAUCGGUAGCAUUCUACUUCCUGGCCAACUUGUUCUACUUGCUGUUCAUCUCUGCUGACAUACAGCCGUGGAAUGAGCCCAAACCUAAAGCCCUCGAAGAUGGAGUGAAGAAAUCAGAUGAAAAGAACGCCGACGAGAAGUCAAAGAACAUGGGCGAGCACAAGUUCUGA